AUGUCGAUCUCCAACUAUAAACUGCAAACCAAUGUGCGUCUGCAUCCUGUGGUGCUCUUCCAAAUCAUUUCCUCCUACGAACGUCGUUCUAAAUCCACCACAAUGGCAGUGGGCACGCUGUUGGGUCGUCGGGACAAGGGCAGCGACGUGAUUGAGAUCACCAACAGCUUCACGGUACAGCACAAGGAGCACACCGUUGGCGACGUCGAGCAAUUCAAGCUGGACACGCAGUACGCCAGCGAAAUGUACGAGCUGAAUCAGAUCACCUAUCCCCAAGCUGAUUGCUAUGUCACUUACUCCACUUAUCGAUUAAGUUAA